UCUUAGCAUGAUUUCCUUGUCUGUAGUGUUCUGGGUGGAUUGCAUAGUCAGAGUUUCCUACAAGAUCUAACUUCUAUAGCAUGAAAAAUGAUUUCUUUCAAUGUACAAUUCCCAUUAUAGCAGUUUUUUCUUAACACUGUGUACCUAACAAAUGUUUCUUUGUAACAGAUAUUCUGUAAAUAGAUAAAUAUUCUGUAAUAGAUACUCUGUAAAUAUUCACUAAAGGAAUGAGUGGUGCCCGCUCAGUAAUGGGUAUUGUGUGCCGUUUGCUCUUUCUGAUACUUACCAUAAUUACAACAGAGCUAAUUAUUAAAUAUCCAAAUAAAGUCCUCAGCACUUCCGGGCCUAGAGUCUCAAUUAUACAAUAUAAGAUGAAGGAAAAGCAAGAACAAUGAUGUAAUUUGUAUUUUCAGUUAUUUGCUUUAUUAGUUUUUAUGCAGAGACCCAGAGUAAUUAUUCUCAUUUUAAAGUCUACUUUCUGACAGAAGAUGUGGAAAAUAGUUCCAAUAAUUUUAUUACUUUUGUAGCCCAGCCUAUCCCACAUUGUCCCCUAUUUGGAGUUUGGGACUUACUUGUUUAUGGCCAUUAUUUUAAAUAACCUUAUAGCUAAAUAAAUGAAAUUAAUUCAUUUGAAUUUUCAUAGCAUUUGAGUAUUUAAAAAAUUCUAUCCAUUUUUGCCCAUAAACUUGCCCCUCUUGCUUUUCGUGUGUCCUGCUCACCCCACUUUUUUUCUACUCAUUUUUAAUUCCACUGUCCACUAAAAGUUCUUGUGAAUUUUUUUCCUCUCUCCAAAAAAAUUCCCUUGUUUCAAAUUUUCAAAGAAUUGUCCUCUUUCUUGGAUGGUUCGAAUCUAGAAAAAAUAAUAAAGCAUCUCUUCAUUUACGUUUUUCUCAUCCAGUGUUGCUGAAUUGAUUCACAGAAACUUGCCACUCCCUAGGAGGUAGCUCCUACUUUCAAAGCAAUUUAUGCUACAAAGUUAAAGCCAAGUUGUAUUCACGCUGUGAAAGUAGAAUGGCUAACCAAGUAAGGAUAAACAGAAGUAUUCAAUAAGAAAAUUCUGAGCUGAGGAACUUUAGGAGGUGAAACUUCAGAAGAGAGCAGACUCUUAAGAGUACAUCUGGCUCAUCACCAUGCGGUUAGGAAAACCCAAGGGAGGCAUUUCUCGGAGCUCAAGUCAAGGAAAAGCAUAUGAGAACCCACGCAAAGCCAGCCGGCAGCGGCAAAAAUGGGGAAUGACUGUUCGAUUUGACUCAAGCUUGAGUAGAUUGAGAAGAAGGUUGGAUGAGAAGCCCUAUAAAUGCGCUGAAUGUGAAAAGAGUUUCAGUCAGAGCUCCACUCUUUUUCAGCACCAGAAGAUUCACACUGGAAAGAAAUCCCACAAAUGUGCCGAUUGCGGGAAAAGUUUCUUUCAGAGCUCUAACCUCAUUCAGCAUCGGCGGAUCCAUACUGGGGAAAAGCCCUACAAAUGUGAUGAGUGUGGAGAAAGGUUCAAACAGAGCUCAAAUCUCAUUCAACACCAGAGAAUUCAUACUGGGGAAAAACCGUAUCAGUGUGAUGAGUGUGGCCGAUGUUUCAGCCAGAGUUCCCACCUUAUUCAACAUCAGAGAACCCACACAGGGGAGAAGCCCUACCAGUGCAGCGAGUGUGGCAAGUGCUUCAGCCAGAGCUCUCACCUUAGGCAGCACAUGAAGGUGCACAAAGAAGAGAAACCUCGUAAAACCCGGGGCAAAAAUAUUAGGGCAAAAACUCACUUAGUAUCAUCUUGGAAAGCUGGUACAGGUAGGAAGUCAGUGGCUGGGCUCCGCUAAGUUACAGGGCUUCAGCCUUCUUUCAAAAAAAAUAAGAGCUGUCCCCUUUAGAACUGGAGAUAUUUUGUAAUAGAGCAUUUAAAUACUGUAUCCUUUCCUAGCAUGGAGACAUUGGGAGUUUCAUGACCUUGGGCUGAGAAAAACUGCAAGUCCAGCUGGUCUCAUUUCUUUUUAUGUAACUUGGAAGACAAAAAACUGAAACUAUGUCGUAAGAGAAUAUAAGAUCCUUGACCUCAUGUGAUAAUUGCUUCCUGCAUCAUUUUGACAAAAAUAAUUAUGUUUGAAUGACACGUGUAAAAGUGCAGGUAUUCUGAUGACUCAGUUUUAGGACUUUCUGUGGAAGGAGUAAUUAAAAGGGGGAAGAAAUUGAUUCCAUUAAUGUGGAAGUUCCGCAACUGAUGAGAUUUUAUGUUUGUAAAUUUUCGUAGUAUAUUAACCAUUUGGUUUGUAAGUAUGACUCGAGACUCAGCAUAUUACAUUGUAUUCAUGUUCACUUAGCUUUUUUUUUCCCUCCUACUUAUGGACACUUCUAAAUAAAAGGAAUCCAGUUUCCCUGUCUUUCACUAAAUUCUCAAUAAUAAAUAACUCUAGAAGCCAAAGUGAGAACUGAAUUAGACCACAAGUCUCCUAUUCCCACUAGCACAGUUCUUUAAGAUGGUGUCACACUGUGCCACUUGUUUUUGAGAAGCUGGGGUGGAUUUAUAUCGACCUAUCCCCACACGCCUUUGUCUUUCGGCAUUCGCUUACCUGACAAAUUGAGCCAGCCUGUUAGAUCUACAUGAAUAAAUAAUUAAACCAUAUCACACCAGCACAUGUCAACUUGUUAAUUAGAAAUCUACAGUUUACACGCUUCCCCGCUCUCCGCCUUUGAGAGUGUUAGGUAACACUGGUUUUCUUAAACAAAUGCUUGUCGACAGUGAAAGUCAUUUGAUUCAAGUGUCAUUGUGUAUGUAGCUCAAUGUGUAGAUUCUGAAAUGUAAGUUAACUUUCCCUCAGUCAGUAUGAAUUAUGAAGUCAAGCAAACCUGUUUCUUAACUUCCAUCAGAACAGUGCCAAGUGUCAGACAUUCUGAUCAGCCUUCAGCUCAGGUUUUAAUUUCUAUUGAAAGUUAACAUUCUUCUGAUUUUUUUGUAUCUUUUAUAAUCAUACCAGUACCGGCUGUAUUAAUGACAGUUAUCCAUAAAAAUAAAGAAAAUGUAAUAUUUUGCCUACUA